UCCUAUCUCUAAACAAAUCCGAUACAUCGGUCUCGGCUUUUAAUUUCGGUACAAAAUAAAAAAAGAAAAGAGGCAGUUGGAACUGUUUCCGAACUUUACUCAGUUGGCCAUGGCAGAGAGUGAGAGCUUUGAAGCUCUCGCAGUACAAAAUAAGGAACAUAAAAGAGAAGGAAAUGAACAAAACGACGGUGACUUUGUAGGAGAAGAGGAAUUAGAAGGCGAUUAUAAUGAGGAAGAAGAGGAGGAGGAGGAAGAGGAAGAGGAAGAGAAGGAGAGUCAACUCAGUGAGUUGCAGCAAAUCGUGCCGAGUCCGCAGAAGGAGGAGGAGGUGAGGGAGGAGCAAGUGGAAACCCUAACGGUGGUGCCGCAGUCUUCCACGGAGAUACUACCGAAGGAGAAUGAUCAGUAUUCAGAUGAUCUUGCAGGUUUGAAAGGAAAUUCAGCGGCAGAGACGCACGUGGAAGCUGAAUACAAGGAGCAAGUAGGGUUGUCGCACCAGGAAGUUUUGGGAAGUGUAGCAGACAAGAAUUCUGGAGCCCAGGCCCAAAAUCAGCUUCAGCCUUCUGUAUGUCCAACUUCCUUGUCAGAACUGUCACCAACUUCUGUUACACAACCUAUAUCAUCUGCUCCAAGUCCAACUCCUCCAGUAAAAAAAUUGUCUCCCCCAGAGGUUAAGAAUGCAUGUAUAUCAGAAGCAGGGAACCAAAGUUCUGCCGAGCUUAAGGCUCUCUAUGUUCCUGUAGCGAAGACAUCUAUUCCAGAUGGAUACAACUGGCGUAAAUAUGGUCAGAAGCAAGUGAAGAGUCCUAGAGGUUCUCGAAGUUACUACAAGUGCACUUAUUUUGACUGUUGUGCUAAAAAGAUUGAAUGUUCUGAUCACUCAGGCCAUGUGAUUGAGAUUGUUAAUAAAGGAAUGCACAGUCAUGAUCCACCUCGGAAGAAUAAAAGCACAAGGAAAAGCAGGACUGGAUUAUCUGUUGGGCCUAUUUUGCAGACCACCGUAACUGAGCAUACUGUCAGAAUGCUCAAAGACUCAGAACCUGCCACAUUGUCAAUUGAACUUGUACAAGAAACAUCCGCAAUAUCUGAAAGAAAACGACAGAGUUCAAGCAGCUCAGAUGAGAACAAGGAAACUCAAAUAAAAGAGGAGAAUACCAGUGAACCUGAGCCAAAAAGAAGAUUGAAGGGAAACUUAGAAUGCUCAAAAGCUGUCCUUAAACCUGGAAAAAAACCUAAAUUCGUCGUUCAUGCAGCAGGUGAUGUGGGGAUCUCAGGUGAUGGAUAUAGAUGGCGGAAGUAUGGACAGAAGAUGGUGAAGGGAAAUCCUCAUCCCAGGAACUAUUAUAGAUGCACUUCAGCUGGAUGUCCUGUCCGAAAGCACAUUGAAACAGCAGUGGAUAACACAAAUGCUGUCAUUAUAACAUAUAAGGGAGUACAUGACCAUGACAUGCCUGUACCGAAGAAGCGACAUGGCCCACCAAGUGCUCCACUUGUUGCUGCAGCUGCUCCUGCUUCCAUGAGCAACUUGCCAAUUAAGAAAGCCGAUGCAUUGCAAGGCCAAGUUACUUCAACCCAGUGGUCGGUUGGCAAGGAAGGCGAAUUAAAUGGUGAAACCCUUGAUCUCGGGGGUGAGAAGGAGAAGGCAAUAGAAUCAGCUCGGACCCUUCUGAGCAUUGGAUUUGAAAUCAAACCUUGCUGAAAAUUUGAAAAGCCGAAGAGACCCCUUUCUGUCUAGGGUACAGUAUAAAGAUUACCAGGUGAUGGCCAUCAUUUUAUGAAAAUCAUGUAGCUCUCAAAAUACAUUACCAGGUUUGAGGAUAUCUUCUUUUUUUGUAUCUAUUUUCCCCCCCUUAACUUACCGUAUUCCUGCAGUCAUUCAGUAAGAGUUGUAUAUUUGGUAUUGUACACCCUCCCAGCUCAGUUUGGAACAGGCUAAUAGUAGUGGAUAACAGAGAGUUGGUUGGCAUCCA